UUACAUGUUUCUGUAACAUUUACAUACAAAUUAUAAGAAAAAGAAAGGAAAAAGAAGUAAAGCAUGAACGAACACCUCAGAACUUUUGCACUUCAACUCAGCUACUCAACAACGACGCCAAAAUCCUCUUCCACACCGCACACUGCUUCUUCCGUUCUCUCAAGGUAUGUCUCUUCUCACUCUCUCUCCACACAAAAAUAACAAUCACAAAGCACACACGCAUGCACUUCUACAUCUGCCUAUGUUCUUGUGUGUAAAACAAGGUGGAAUUUUGGGGUACCGGGGGUUUAGAUCUUCAUCUUAUACGAAUGACCCAGAAUUUGUUUAGUUUCCAAGAGUUUUUUUCUGUGUGUUUUCAUUUCUGGGUGUCUGGAAUCGAGAAUUCAAGAUCCUAGGCUGAUUGGUCCUUCAUGGACUGCUUCGGUUUUGGAUUUGGUGCUUUCGAGAUAUGGUGUGGCUGAGAGUUACGAUUUAUUUUCGUUGAGGCUUUUUUGUGAAACAUGAGUAAUUGUUUUGACAUGAAAGUUUUGAAGUUGUCGUAAGUGGUGGGUGAGUGAAGCACGAGUAAUUGGAGAGUUCGAUUCAAUGAGCGCCAAUUGUUUUGUAAGUUUGUUCGGUCUGAUUAAUUGUUCAUUCUCCCACUCAUUUAACAUCCAAUUUUCAUUUUCGAUGACCAAGUUUUGUUUUUGAGUGAAUGUGGUUUGGACGCCUAAUCAACUCUACUUGGUAUUUGUUCGUCUUUUCUGUUCUCACAUCUCUAAGUUUUUUUUGUUUUUUUCUACUCCAUGAGAAUCAUGGAGUGGAAUUAAUGAUGUUUAGUGAAGAGUUCAUGGGAAUCGUUAAUUGUUUUUGGAGAUGCCAUGUAGGUGAUUUAGCAUUUUAUCUAUGUCUAAUUUGUAAGUUCAGGCGAAAAUGAUUGAGUUCAAUAACCAUGGGCCAGAGUUGUAUCCAUGAUGGUUCUUGAAUCUUGACGAUGAAUGUGAACUUCUUUCUCUCUGUCUAAAUUUUUUUUCACAGGGUGAAGGUAAAAAAUUAUUAGCCCAUGCACAUUAAUAAGGUGCUGAUACUCGGUAUUUCCAAUUAUUUAAUUAACUAAUGACUAACACCGUAUGUUAGAAAUGAGGCGUUUGGUAGAAGGACUCUUUUAGGGUUCACAGAAAUCUUAAGUUGGGGAUGUGAAAUUCGUAUUAUUCAUUGGAAAAGUCUUGAGAUCUCCGUUGGUGGCAAGAUGACUUCAAGUUGGGACUGACGGUGGAGCACAACAGUGGCUUUGGCAGAGCAGAUGGUGGUGGUGCUCCUGCAGAGACUAUGAUGCCGAAGUCACAAGAUAGAGGUGAGUGAAAAAAUGAAUGGAUGAAUACCUGUUGAAGAAAGGAUGUCUUGCAUAGUGUGGAAUCUGGCAGGAAAAACGGAUAUUCUGUUAUCAAGCAUGUGGCAAGUCGGUCAUUCUUACAUGUGGUGGCGUGGCAACGAGAUAAGUGGAUGAGAGGGGUUGGAAUGUCGUCUUAUGAAGGUCGGGUGCUAGAUGUCAGUUAAGUUAUGAUCGAUGGCGGCCAGGUGACGCGAAGCCUAUGGCGGUAAAGUGAAGGCGGAACAUGUCCAGAACACGUAGUUUGGUUUCUUUACACUGAAAUUCAGUAAGAAAUUUGGAAAACUGGCAUAAUGGAAGACAACGACUACAUAAGGAGAUGGGAGGAUCUGGACAUAGAUAUUUUGGUGAAGAUUUUUCAGUUGCUUGACAUUUUUGAGUUGACAUCCGGCAUCUCUCGUGUUUGUAGUGCAUGGCGCUUGGCAUGUUGUGAUCCACUUCUCUGGAAAACACUAGAUUUGUCGAUGUUAAGAUCUAACUUCAUCAAGAUCCCAUUAGAGCCAUUUGUUUAUGUUGAUGGACGAUCUGAUAGGACAUUAACGCGUAUAUUGAAGAUUUCCCUGAGUCUCAGCCAGCAGAGUAUAAUGACUUUGAUCUUCCAUUUCAACUUGUACGUAAGUGAUGAACAGUUGACAUACACUGCUGAAAGGUGCCCACAGCUCAGGCGACUCGUUCUGCCAGCUUGGAACAGAAUCAAGAAACCAGGAAUGUGCAAAGCCAUUCGUGGCUGGAAAGAGUUAGAGUCCCUGACAAUGCCUUGUAUAGCAAAUCCACCAUAUAUUUUGGAGGAAAUCUCAACGCACUGCAAGAACUUUAGCGAACUCAAGAUUAUGGGGCCAUGUGACAUUUUCUUUGCUUCAUCACUUGCUGCGUUUCUUCCAAAAUUAAGAGUCUUGAGCCUACGAUGCUCAAUGCUAUAUAAGGAUGUUCUCAUUCUCAUCCUUGACAGCUUACAACACUUGGAAGUGCUCAACAUAUCACAUUGUGUUCUGAUGGAAGCCCUCCCAGCUCCUCAACAGAAAAGAAUCAUUAAAGAAAUUGAUGUGACUAUUCGUCAGAAGGCUUCUCGGUUACGUGAAUUUCUCACAUGCAUGGAAGACUCAUGUGUCAUGUGCCAACGAACAAGAACUGAUGAAGGACUGAUUAGGUGGUACAAGUACGAGGAAGGGCUUUGGAAAACAGAUGAGGUGAGGUCUCUCUCACUUUAGGCAAUCGGAAGCGAUCUAGUUGUUAAUGCUCAUGUCACAUUUUCUGUUGUUAAGUAAUGCUGCCACCUUAAGUGUAGAUCCAAAUAAACAAAGUUUAAUUCUUACAGAUGAAUGCUGUUGCACCCUCUAGGAGUUAGCCAAAUCUUGUAACUGUAUAUAGGAACAAUAAGUUUUGUUUCUGUAGUUGGUUUCAUUUUGAGAAGUGUUCUAAAUCAUGAAAAUUUGUUAAGACAGUAAUUAUGGUUCUUUAUAGAAGUGUGAUGAGAUUAGUUUUGGGCUA